AUGUCAUUUUUUCGGGGCGGCACCAAUGACUAUCGCAGUGACUAUCACAGUGACAGUGCCACUGACUACCGCAGUGACUACCGCAGUGACAGUGCCACUGACUACCGCAGUGACAGUGCCACUGACUACCGCAGUGAUUACCACAGUCACGGUGCCACUGGCUACCACAGGUACUACCACAUUCACGGUGCCAAUGGCUACCACAGGUACUACCACAGUUACGGCGCCACUGACUACCGCAGUGACUACCACAGUUACGGCGCCACUGACUACCGCAGUGACUACCACAGUGACAGUGCCACUGACUACCACAGGUACUACCACAUUGACGGGGCCACUGACUACCGCAGGUACUACCACAGUCACGGUGCCACUGGCUACCACAGGUACUACCACAGUCACGGUGCCAAUGGCUACCACAGGUACUACCACAGUUACGGCGCCACUGACUACCGCAGUGACUACCACAGUGACAGCGCCACUGAUUACCACAGGUACUACCACAGUCACGGUGCCACUGACUACCGCAGGUACUACCACAGUCACGGUGCCACUGGCUACCACAGGUACUACCACAGUCACGGUGCCAAUGGCUACCACAGGUACUACCACAGUUACGGCGCCACUGACUACCGCAGUGACUACCACAGUGACAGCGCCACUGAUUACCACAGGUACUACCACAGUCACGGUGCCACUGGCUACCACAGGUACUACCACAGUCACGGUGCCACUGGCUACUACAGGUACUACCACAUUGACGGGGCCACUGACUACCGCCGGUACUACCACAGUCACGGUGCCACUGGCUACCACAGGUACUACCACAGUGACAGUGCCACUGACUACCACAGGUACUACCACAUUGACGGGGCCACUGGCUACCGCAGGUACUACCACAGUGACGGUGCCACUGGCUACUACAGGUACUACCACAGUGACGGCGCCACUGACUACCGCAGGUACUACCACAGUGACAGUGCCACUGACUACCACAGGUACUACCACAGUUACGGCGCCACUGACUACCGAAGUGACUACCACAGUUACGGCGCCACUGACUACCGCAGGUACUACCAGAGUGACGGGGCCACUGACUACCACAGGUACUACCACAUUGACGGGGCCACUGACUACCGCAGGUACUACCAGAGUGACGGGGCCACUGACUACCGCAGGUACUACCACAUUGACGGGGCCACUGACUACCGCAGGUACUACCACAUUGACGGGGCCACUGACUACCACAGGUACUACCACAUUGACGGGGCCACUGACUACCACAGGUACUACCACAUUGACGGGGCCACUGACUACCACAGGUACUACCAGAGUGACGGGGCCACUGACUACCGCAAGUACUACCACAGUGACAGUGCCACUGACUACCACAGGUACUACCACAGUGACAGUGCCACUGACUACCACAGGUACUACCACAUUGACGGGGCCACUGACUACCACAGGUACUACCACAUUGACGGGGCCACUGACUACCACAGGUACUACCACAGUUACGGCGCCACUGACUACCGCAGGUACUACCAGAGUGACGGGGCCACUGACUACCACAGGUACUACCACAUUGACGGGGCCACUGACUACCGCAGGUACUACCAGAGUGACGGGGCCACUGACUACCGCAGGUACUACCACAUUGACGGGGCCACUGACUACCACAGGUACUACCAGAGUGACGGGGCCACUGACUACCGCAGGUACUACCACAGUGACAGUGCCACUGACUACCACAGGUACUACCACAGUGACAGUGCCACUGACUACCACAGGUACUACCACAUUGACGGGGCCACUGACUACCACAGGUACUACCACAUUGACGGGGCCACUGACUACCGCAGUGACUACCAGACAGCCGCGAGAGCGCUGGUGUCGCGGCGUGUGCAAGUGAGCAGCGCUGGGCUCGAGGAGAAGUGGGCGUGCUGCAGGCGAGGAGUGCAGCGGGGCGGCAUGCAGUGUGCUCUCGUGCAGCGGGUUCGCCAGCGCCGCAGCUAUGUGCCCCGACCCGCGUAG